AUGUCGGAUGGUGAAGACGCUGCGAAGAUAAAAGAACUCUGGGGUCGCCUUGAGGGCUACGAACACGAUCCUGAUGACCCGGACUUUCUAUUACGCCGCUACUGGAUAGCACGUGACUGGGACGUGUCUGUUGCUGAGAAGCAGUUAAAGGAUACUCUUCAAUUGAGGCGGGAAACCAAACCACAACAUGUCGUCUGCGCGUUCUGUCAGAAAACACCCGGCGGUCAUGCCAUGCGCCAGGUCGGCUUCGACAAGUCUGGUCGGUCCGUGAUUUACUUGUGUUUGGCACAGUGUUGCACCAACCACCAGCCGGUCGAGAGUGCGAUUCAGCACCAGGUAUACCUGCUCGAAAACGCCGUGCGUGUCUCCAAGCAUGGCACUUACAGCUUCUUAUGGGUCAUUGAUUUAAAAGGUAUGAAGAUAACGUCAUGUCAUCCGAGGCUAGCAUUAGCGGUGGAGCACAUAGUCUCAAAUCACUACCCGGAGCGCCUGGGAGCGUGCAUCGUUGUCAACCAAGAAAUGCUUUUUCAGACGGUCUGGGUCGCCGUCCGGGGCGUCAUUCACGCGCGCACGGCCGCCAAGCUGCACAUACAUCGCCACUUCCAAAAGGUAGAAGAGGUUUUUACCGAACUGUUUCCGGAUGAGCUCAAGCGCUGGUUGUUGGAGUAA